UGAACACUAGUUAAAGUACUUCCUCUUUUCUUUUUUAAAUAAAAGGACAAAAUAGUCCAUAACUUCUUUUACGUAUAUAUUCACAAACACACCUUCUCUUUCCUUCUUCUGCCCUUUUCUCCUUUCAAUUCCCCAUCUUCUUCAAUUCGAUUUAGGCAUCCAAAUCUGAGCAAUUUUUCAUUAGAAUAAAAAAUUUGGGCUGCAAUGAAACUCUAUUCGUUAAUCUUAUUGUGUUGUAUCUUUCUGUUGAGUUCGAUGUACAUCGGUAAAGCUGAAGUGAUUACCCUUACAGGCGAUACGUUUAAUGAUAAGAUAAACGAGAAGGACACGGCAUGGUUUGUCAAAUUUUGUGUUCCAUGGUGUAAGCACUGCAAGAACCUGGGAACACUUUGGGAUGAUUUAGGGAAAACAAUGGAAGGGGAGGAUGAGAUAGAGGUGGGACAAGUUGAUUGUGGUACAGAUAAGCCAGUGUGUAACAAAGUUGAUAUCCAUUCAUACCCUACAUUCAAACUCUUCUACAAUGGAGAAGAGGUCGCAAAGUACCAAGGAACGAGGGAUAUUGAAUCGUUGAAAAAUUUUGCACUAGAAGAAGCAGAGAAAGCAGCCACAAAAGCUGAAGCAGAUGAUGAUAAAGAGUUAUAACUUGCUGUCAGGUAACAAGUGCAUUUUUGCUACGUUUCACCGGAGGGAGUGUUUCCUAAGCAAAAUCUGGAGAAAAGUCGAACGAACGGAUGAAGACUGCCAUCGAGUCUUCAUUUAUAGUGGCACUAGAUUGACGAUGACCUAUUUCCCUCCUAGUUUUUUUGUCUAGGUUUUUUGUUAAUUUGAAUACACUGGCAUUGUCAAACGAAAUCGGCAUUAAAUUUGUUGAAUGACUAAUGUAAACUUUGAAGAAACUCAAAAGGAAAAGGGGAUAUUGCAAAGAUGUUAGACAUGAAA